AUGUCCACAACCACAACACUCAUCGAAUGUUACCUUGACGAGAUCCCCGAAACUCACCCACUGAAAGCUCCGCCUGAAUUCUAUUUCUGGGGGCAAACCGGUGCAGUGGCCCCGAAUCCACUAUAUUCGCAGACAGAAUUCCAGAGUGAGCGUACAAUCCUUCCAGAUACAAGUCAGCAGAGCUGGGAGAAAGUUGUCAACUUUGCACUGAGCAAAGUCAAUGAAGUAUUCGAUCAUGUUUCGGGCAAUGCCAGCACCAAAACGACAGCAUUAAGGGAGCUAAGUCUGUCUCAAGAACUGCAAUCAUGGCGCGAAAGUGAACACCAAGCUGGUCGGAAGCUCCCUCACAAAGGCUAUGGACUCCGUCAAAUCCCUAAAUCUGUUAUCAACCUUAUGGGCGCCAAGAAUUGGGCCGCGCCUCUCCUCACCCGAGCAGCCUUUCACGGCUCUGGCCUUGCGAAUAUGCUAAUUGGGGCGUGGGAUGCUGAAACACUUUACAGCAAUUACUGCGUAGACCUGGUGUUCUACUAUGAGCAUGGCUAUCACAAGGCAUUCGCGGGGUUCGAAUCCCUAGUUCGCGACGCUACUACAAAUACUCGGGCGCAGAACACUUUGGGAGGCGCGGAGAGACGACUGGCUACGGAUAUUAUCAAGCAAUAUAUACGGCAGAAAGGUCAUGCCGAAGAGAGGAACAAAACGCACCUUACGAAACUGUCAGCCAAGCUCAAUCGGGACGAACUCCGAGCUGUGUCCCUAUGUGAAAGUAGUAUCUGCGGUCUAGCCGCCGAAGCUAUCAGUCGUGGAUUUGACCCCGGCGCUACAGCGUACCAGAUGAUCUUCAGCGCCCCUGGAACCGAUGUGGUUGAUGUGGGGUCGGACGUAUAUUCCUCCGAGCUGUUCAACAGUUUUCUCAACACGGACGACAUUACCAGCUCUAGUGUUAUCUCCAAGACAUCGUUGAGAAGGGUGUACGAUGCAUAUGCUCAUAUUGGGGCUACUAUUUUCACGAGAGAGUGGACGGAACCAGGCGCAAUUAUGUGUGCCAUGUUAUAUCCAUGGCAUAUCUUAAAUGAUCGGCACUACUUCUUGAGACGAGCAGUUCUGGGGUCAUCGCAAGUGCGGUCUCGGUUGAUCGAUCAAAGAUGCGCUACUUGGGAAGAAGCAUUCGACGAGAAUGGUCACACGACGAGAUUAAGCCGCCCACUCGAGAAUGCAUGCGAUGGAAAUAUAUACUGCGAUCAUUUCGAGGAAUUUCUGAGCUACUCUGAUCACAAAGCUCUGUUGAGAGAGCUUUGGUAUUAUUUGGUUGUCGCACCUGCGGAGUACAUGAGCCAAGGAAAAGUGGAUGAAACGAGGGAAUCGACUCUCAUUGAUGCAUUGGAAAUGGGCAUCGCAAAGGCAUAUUCCCGCGGAAUGAUACGUGAGCUUCGUUGGCUGAUGGCCCACGCAUCACAUCAUGCAUGGCAAAUCAAUUACCUCCUCGAGGCUGCCAUGUUUGGGAGUCUGCUAGAUGAUGGCCAGCUGGGUGGUAGAUUGGAUAGGUAUGAUUGA